AUGUCACAGCCAAACGGCAUAGGCCAAAAUGGCCCAUCAAUCGCACAAGACCUCUUCGAAGACAUGGGCCGCAAGGUGGACGGAAUGGGCAGCGCGAACUCCAACACAGACGACAACGAGCCCGACCAGCGCGUCACCGAAGAGGUGGAGAGUCUCUGCAUGAACUGCCACGAAGACGGCACCACACGCAUCCUCCUCACGCGAAUCCCCUUCUUCCGCGAAAUCGUCAUCAUGUCCUUCUCCUGCCCGCACUGCGGCUUCCACAACAACGAAAUCCAGUCGGCCGGGCAGAUACAAGAGAAGGGCGCCAAGGUUGCAUUACGGGUGGAGCGCGAUGCGGAUCUUCAGCGACAGGUAGUCAAGGGGGAUUUGUGUGUGUUUCGAAUAGGGGAUGUGGAUUUGGAGAUUCCGCAGGGCAAGGGGCAAUAUUCGAACAUCGAGGGGGUGAUUAGUGCUGUGAAGGAGGAUUUGCAGAGCCACCAGGAGGAGAGGAUGCGACAGAUGCCGGAGGUGGGGGCAAAGGUCGCGGGCGUCAUUGCAUCCCUCACAGAUCUGUUGGAGGGGCGGAGAUAUCCCUUCAUGGUCUCGGCCGAUGACCCCAGCGGCAACUCGUGGAUCGAGCCGAAGCCUGGAGACGCGGCAGGCAAAUGGGCAAAGAGCGAGUACAACCGGACACCACAACAGAACGCAGCGCUUGGGCUAGGAGAUGAGGUUCCGGCACCGGAAAAUGACACACGGCCAGAAUACCAAGCCUCGAACAUGGUGCCUUCAUUACCGACCAACGGGGCACUAGCAUCGAACAACGUGGACGACGAAGACAUCAUCGAGAACCAAGUCUACUCCUUCCCGGCGUCAUGUCCGGGCUGCACACGCCCGUGCACCACCAACAUGAAGAUGGUCCAUAUCCCACAUUUCAAGCAGGUUGUGCUCAUGAGUACGGCGUGUGAGGACUGCGGGUAUCGAUCGAAUGAAGUCAAGACUGGCGGCGAGGUACCAGAUCUCGGGCGGAGGAUAACACUGCGAGUGCAAAACAAGGAGGAUCUCGCGCGCGACAUACUGAAAAGCGAAAGUGCCGCUCUUGUAUGCCCGGAGCUGCAACUUCGAGUGGAACCCGGCACCAUGGGCGGCCGCUUCACCACCGUCGAAGGCAUCCUAACGCAAGUCCGCCGCGACUUGCGAGCACAAGCUUUUGGCCUCGACGACGGGGAUGCUGAAGUGCCGGCGGGAGCGAUGGGCGACUCAAUGGCGGCGGACUCGAAGCAGGCGUGGGAGAAAUUCUUUGCCGAUCUGUCCGACGCGAUCGACGGAAAGAAGCCGUUCACUGUCACGCUGGAGGACCCCUUAGCGAGCAGUUAUGUGCAGAGCUUGACUGCGCCUGCACCAGAUCCGCAGAUUGAUGUCGAGGAUUAUCAACGGACGGAGGAAGAGGAGGAGGAUUUGGGGCUGAAGGAUAUCAAGACGGAAGGGUAUGAGGCGGAUGCGAAUGGUGAGGCAUGA